UUCUUUCUUUAAAUUGUGCUUAUUUCUGCAUUUAACACAGUCUGCAAAAUGAGAUUGCUAAUGCUGCUCUGUCUUUUUCAACUCCUACACAUUUCUACACUCUUCAUUGCUGUUGAAUCAGAUGCUCCUCCACAUGCCUGUGAUCCGUCUAGACAAUCAGCAACAUACUACAGUUUUUGUGACAAACAUAAACCCAUAAAGAAGAGAGUCAAAAACCUUGUGACACACCUCACUUUAGAUGAAAAGAUAGCCCAACUCAGUGCCUCGGCCCCUGCAAUUGACCGACUCGGCAUCCCCGCGUAUAACUGGUGGUCUGAGGCCUUACAUGGUGUUACUGUGAAUUCAUAUGAGCAAGGUAUCCAUCUCGUUGGACGCAUUCUGCAAGUGACUAGUUUUCCUCAAGUGAUUCUCACUGCAGCUUCUUUUGAUGAAAAUCUCUGGUAUAAAAUUGGCCAGGCAAUUGGGAUAGAAGCUAGAGCAUUAUACAACGCUGGAGAAGCGUCGGGAUUGACAUUUUGGUCACCAAACAUCAACAUAGUCAUAGAUCCAAGAUGGGGGAGAGCGCAGGAGACAGCAGGUGAAGAUCCGUUAGUAGCAAGCAAGUAUGGAGUGUCAUUUGUGAGAGGAAUUCAAGGGUACAGCUUUGAAGGAGAGAAGCUAGAAGAUACUCUUCAAGCUUCUGCUUGCUGUAAGCACUUCACAGCCUACCAUUUGGAAAAAUGGGGAAAAGUGGAUCGGUUUACAUUUAAUGCCAUUGUAAGUUUGCAGGACUUGGCAGACACAUACAACCCGCCUUUCAAGAGUUGCAUACAAGAUGGAAAAGCCAGUGGACUAAUGUGUGCUUAUAAUCGUGUUAAUGGAGUCCCAAACUGUGCAGACCGUGAUCACUUGACCAACCAAGUCAGGGAACAGUGGGGUUUCGAUGGGUACAUUGUCUCGGACUGUGAUGCAGUCGCUACUAUGUUAACUUAUGCUAAUUCAACUGAAGAAGCAGUUGCAGACGCCAUAAAAGCUGGAUUGGAUUUGGAUUGUGGUUCAACUUUGAGUGAAUAUACCAAAUUAGCAAUGGAUAAAAAUAAACUAGAUCAACUUCAAAUUGACAGAGCAAUCUCCAAUCUCUUCUCUGUCAGGAUGAGGCUGGGACUGUUCGAUGGUGAUCCAACCAGCCAUGCUUACGGUAAUAUAGGUCCAGAAAAAGUAUGUUCUGAGAUGCACCAACAACUAGCUCUUGACGCUGCUCAAGAUGGCAUUGUCCUUCUGAAGAAUUCUCGCCAACUCCUUCCAUUUUCACAAUCGAAGACCACAUCCCUUGCAGUUAUAGGCCCCAAUGCAGAUAACGCGCACACUCUUUUGGGAAACUACGAAGGUCCUCCAUGCAUAUCUGUGACAAUAUUUCAAGCCUUGAAAGGCUAUAUUGAGGACACUGAGUAUCAUCCAGGGUGUAAUGAUGUUGCAUGUGCAUCGGCUUCAAUCGACAUAGCAGAAGACCUAGCUAAAAAAGCAGAUCAAGUUAUUUUGGUUAUGGGAUUGGAUCAAUCUCAGGAAUCUGAAAGCAUCGACCGCGAAAAGUUGGAACUUCCAGGUGAACAACGAAAUCUCAUAACCCAAGUUGCAAAAGCAGCAAAGAAUCCUGUUGUUCUUGUGCUUGUUUGUGGGGGGCCAAUUGACAUAAAUUUUGCGAAGUAUGAUAUGAACAUCGGAAGCAUUUUGUGGGCUGGUUAUCCGGGUGAGGCUGGAGGUACUGCACUUGCAAAAAUUAUCUUUGGUGACCACAAUCCAGGGGGAAGGUUACCAAUGACUUGGUAUCCAAAAGAUUUCAUUUCAAUACCGAUGACAGACAUGAGGAUGCGGCCUAAACCAGAAAAACAAUAUCCUGGACGCACUUACAGGUUCUAUGGAGGGUCCAAAGUUUUCGAGUUUGGUUAUGGUCUUAGCUACUCAAAGUAUUCCUAUAAGAUCCACUCAGUCAUUCCAAACAGAAUCAACUUAAAACAGACAUCAAGUAAGAAAAUGAAUGAGAUGACGAAUGGAACCAGUCAUGUCUUAGUCUCAGAGCUAAAUCACGGAAGUUGUAGAGGAUUCUUUAUAAUUAUUAUCGUAACAAAUCAUGGGCCACUAGCAGGAAAGCAUGCAGUAUUGCCAUAUAUAAGGUUCGGAAAACCUAGACAUGGGAUGCCAAUUAAACAGUUAAUCGGAUUUCAAAUAGUGAAACUAGAUCCAGGGCGUAAUAGCAGAGUUAGAUUUCAGUUUAAUCUCUGUGAGCUCCUCGGCACAGCUAAUGAAAACGGUUUGCCGGUAGUUGAAGGUGGAACCCGUAUCUUGAGUGUUGGAAAAGAAGAGUACACCAUCAAUAUCACAGUUGAUUGAUAUUGUAACAAGCCAAUUUACCAGUCAUGAACUAGAAUUUUAUCUUGUACUUUUUAUCUUUUUUCUCUUUUGGUGAGCAAACGUUUGGGUAAAAGGGUGGGUUUGAACCUAGACUUUAUGAUGAGGGAGUCAGGGUGGCUAUCACUCAACCAGGGUGCCAACUCUAGAGCCCUGGGUUGAUAUUUCACUUACCUGAGCUGAAUAAAAUGCUGAGUGUCGCAGUUGCCUAACUAAUGGCCUAAAAUGAUUGAAAAAAUCUCUUACAAAAUAUACUCUAGAAAGCACAGAGGAAUCAAUUGUGCAUGCUAAAACUCUGCAUGAAUGUAGAUUAGCUUUAAACAGAGCAAAUUGAAAUGUCAAGCAAUGGAUUGUUUCCCCUAGAUCAUUAUGGAUUCACUCUCCCAAAGAAAGAGAUUAUUGGUUCGAAUGUGGGAGGCGGGAUAAUUUCCUGAAAUCGAGGGGGUAAGAAUGCCCUUAGAGGUGCCCCAAAGCGGACAAUACCUUUGGAUGUAAAGACGCAUCCACGCAUCCACAAGCAUCUCAAACUAAAACGACUAAUACUUUAAUUAGUGCAAUGAUUCAUCCAGUUGAUAGCACCAACAAGUUUGGAAUAUGCGGUAGACACUGACAGAAAACAGUUGCUUGGGUGAAAGAUCCAUAAUAGUUAUGUACUUCAUUGGAAAAGAAAAGUAGUGUAAUGUUUUAGAUGGGAGAGAGGAUAAUGAUAUCUUGCAAUAUUUUCAUUGCGAUCUAAAGAGAAAAUAUAAAAUAAAAUAUAUCCAUGUUGCACACAAUUAUUUGGUGAGUAACUUAAAAAGAGAAUGUUAAAAUUAGCUACUUUCUCAUUCAACCCAAUAAGUUAAUUUGUUGGGUUUGGGCAUUUCACAUGUUUAAAAUAUUUUUUAACAUUCUCCUUCAUGUGUGGGCUGGAUAGUUUGACGACCCAAUACAUGUAUAACAAACGAGGCCCAACACUAUAGCUACUCACGCAAGACCCUCACUUAGGGCAACAACAAAUGCACACAAUUGGGGCAACUACAACAAACACACAAAGGCACACACUUGAGGCAACAAUAAAUGAGAGUUUAAAUUGCGCAAGUUAAGGUUUGAAUCCUAUAAACAUACAAAGGCACACACUUGGGACAACAAUAAAUGGGAGUUUAAAUUGCGCAAGUUAAGGUUUGAAUCCUAGAUCUCCUACUCCAAUACCAUGUUAAGAUUAGCUACUUUGUUAUUCAACCCAAUAAACUAACUUGCUGGUUAGAGUAACCACAAUGGUGCAAUGUUAUUGGGGACAACAAAAUGUAUUGGGAGACAUGUUUUGCUAAGGUGACUGGGAAUGAGAAUGAAAUAUUACAUGUAUUGGUACACGGUGUAAAUUUGCUGACUUGGUUUUUAGUAUGAUAGAGGUGAGUCCUAGUAUUGAUUUUUGGUGUAGUUGUGAGUGUGGUUUAAGUGGGACCC